AUGGCAGGUAUUGGCACCGCGCUUUUGUGCGCGGCGUGCAGCUGCGUCUGGCAGGUCUACUGGGCACGGCGCACGUAUGCCCACUGGGCGACUGCAGGAUCUAGAAACGGUCCCCGAAAACUCGCAGCUGAAGCCACAGAAUCUUGCUGCAUCGCGACCCGGGUUGCAAUGGGCUUGCAGCGGGUGUGGUAUUGGACACAUCCGGCUGCCGAUCAGGAAUAUCGAGACUUCUCGAAGCCUCCACGACAACGAACCCCCGAGUUCUUCAUCGCGGCCGCUGCUGCCAGCGUCACACAGCCGGCAGAGUCGUGCAGGAGACCUCCGGCGGCAGUGGUCACGCCUCCCACUGCCGUGCAGGGCCCGGGGACAGAUCUGCCUCCGCGACAACCACCCACGCUGGUUCACGACUCCAGCGCCGUUCAAGUCGUCUGCUAA